CUCAACACCACGUCCGCAUCGUCGCUUUCAGCAAUUCGCCCAGUACCCUUCCUAGAGAUGCAAUGGCCGCACCCACCGAACCAGACAUGAAGCUAGACCCCCAGCGCACACGCCAGCUGGUCGAGAACAUCACCACCAUCACCUCGCGGAUCCAGCGCGCAAACACUGCCAAUAGACCCAUCCGCCUCAUCGCCGUCUCCAAACUCAAACCCGCCACCGACAUCCUCGCCCUCCACCAACCGCCCACCGCCCACCUCCACUUCGGCGAAAACUACACCCAGGAACUCCACGCCAAGGCCGCCCGCCUCCCGCGCAGCAUCCGCUGGCACUUCAUCGGCGCGCUGCAGAGCAACAAGUGCAAGCAGCUCGCCGCGAUCCCGAACCUGUGGUGCGUGAGCAGCGUCGACUCGGUGAAAAAGGCGGAUGGGCUGGAGAAGGGGCGGCGAGAGCUGCUAGAAAGCAAAAAAGGCGACGAAGGAGACGCAAAGGAGGAGGAUGGCGAAGCACCAGGCCCCCUCAGGGUAAUGGUGCAGGUAAACACCUCGGGCGAAGAGUCCAAAUCCGGCGUCGACCCCCCCGACGCGCUGGCGCUGUGCCAGCAUAUCCGGACGCGGUGUCCGCACCUCCGCCUCACGGGGCUGAUGACGAUAGGCGCGAUAGCGCGGUCGCAGGCGACAACGGUGGAGACCGAGAAUGAGGAUUUUGCGACGCUGGUGGAGGUGCGGGAUAAACUUGCUACGGAGCUAGGGGUGGACAAGGGGGAGUUGGAGCUGAGUAUGGGGAUGAGUGCGGAUUUUGAGGGGGCGAUUAGGGGUGGGAGUGAUGAGGUGAGGGUUGGAAGUGAGAUUUUCGGGACGAGGCCGCCGAAAGGGGAAGCGGUUGUUUGAGGGGCGGGGAUGUAGAGGGAGCGUGUACCUUUGUAUAAUAGCAUGGGCAUGAGACAUGAGACAUGAUACAUAGUGCCUCAGAGGCAGGUUCGCACAUAAAAGCAGGCAUUUUU